AUGGAUUAUUAUGUUAAACCAGAUAUGAAACAAACACUUUCGUUAUUACUCAUUUUAUUUGUUGUCACCGUUGCGAUUCAUCACUCAUCGUCAACUAUGAACCGUAAGCGUUAUUAUGACACAUGGGACGAUAAUAAUGAUGCUGGAAAUAAUGGUGAAGGUGAAUCUGUCAAAGCAGGUUCUUUUCGUUAUAAAGGUUUAAUCAAAAAUGAUCCAUGUGAAAAUAAACCAUUAUGGUUUUUAAAAUCUCAAGAACGUCUUGGUAAAUUAUCUCCAUUUUACGAUUGUCUUAAUUCUCGUCGUGCCGAAUGA